UCAACGCCGCUGGUUGUAGGGUUGGAGCAGGAGGGUCCUAAGGGAACAGACCGAGAAAAAGAGAAAGAAAUCCUGAUACAGCUCCAGCUCCAGUUCCAGCUCCACCGGAGGGAGAGCUGACAAACUCACAUUGUCUGUAGUAUUCCGGAGACUAAUUCGUACUUGUAAAAGACUCUCCGAAAUCAGAGUUUAAGGGGUCCAGUCGGAGAGGUAGUAGUGUGGGGGGGUCUUCAGAUUGGGGCCUGUGAAAGUGUUUGGUUUGUUUUCCGCUGCGCCCUUGUCAUUUUGACAGCUCGAGGGUUAUGAAUGAAAGAACAUCAAAAGUCUUAAUCCUUCUAUCUUGCUGAGAAGUUUAGUUCCCAUGGUGAAAUAUUGCCAUUGACGUAGCGACUUUGGCUGUAUUAGAAGAUAAAAGCAUCAUCAGUGGACUGUGUAACGCAGAGCACAGUAUUGCAUUGUAUUCGCAUCAUGACUUCAAAUGGAAUUCAAACAACGUUGCUCAUCAUGUUGCUAUGUGAAGUAUCUGCAGGCCCUCUAGUGGGAAGUGACUGUGUGCUUGGACCAGUAGAUGAAUCUCAUCCAGUUAAAACUUUGCUGGAGAGUUUUACUGUAUCAUCCGGCUGUGCAAGUGGAGGAACGACGGGUCUUCCUCGAGAGGUGCACAUUAUCAAUUUGAAAAGUACCGGAAUGGAUCCCAAUCACCAUGACAAAGGAAAAAGUACUGGUGUAGACUCCAGCAAUUAUGAUGAGGUGACACUGAACUUGAGACCCAUUUUCUCUGUUGAAGUCCAUGAGAAGCCUUUGGUAUUUGUGCUGAAUUCUCCCAGACCUGUGCUGUGGAUCAUAAAGGCAGAAAGACUGGCACCAGGAGUACAGCGUUUAUUCCAUGUUUCUGUGAAUUCUACUGUUCAGUUUCCAACAAUAAACUUUACUUCAUCAAGAUCAUUGGAAGAGCUUUCCCUGCCCCAAGAUAGCAAACGUUUACUGCAGUGGACAGAGAAAAAAUAUGGAUCUGUGACUUCUUUCACUGAACUCAAUAAGGCUAAUAACAUCUACAUCAAAGUGGGUGAAGAUCCCUUGUUGCCACCAACUUGCACCAUAGAAAAGAAUUUUCUAUCCCAGAAUUAUCUUGCAGCAUAUCUUAAGACUCAGUCUGCACAGGGCUGUUUACUACCCAACCCAACAGAAGAAAAGGAAGUUCAUCUCAUUGAACUUGAAUUACCAAGUUCAAGUCCUUACAGAAUUUUCAAGGUGGACAUUGUUAUUGACAUACGACCUGUGCAUGCAGACACCAUAAUUUCCAGAAACAUUUUGCUGAUCCUCAAAUGUGGGAAAGCAGUCAAUUGGGUAUUCAACACACAUGAUGUUAAUGGAAAACUGGAAGUGAUUGUUUCUGAUAGGGAUAGUAUCAACUUUAAUCGAGAAGCAUCUAUGACUGUGGUGAAAAAGACGUCAUCUGAUCUGACAUCCACUCAGAUUGAUCUUCUGCGCUGGGCUCAAGAACAUGGUUACAGUCCAGUCACUUCAUAUACUAAAGCUUCGGUUGCUAACAGAGUUCACUUGAGGCUUCAGGAAGCUUCUGAAGAAGAGGAGAUAGAAUCUUUUCUUCCACCAGAACUUUCAAUUCUGCGGGAGCCAUUGAAAUCACCUGAUGAGGUGUUUCCUGAAUUCCGAGACGUCUUUGAAUUUUCAUUUCCUUUUGACCAAGAUGAUUAUGACAGGGUGGACACAUCUCACAAGCUGCCACAGAUACCCCAGGAUAGCACAUUUGAGCAACUAAUGAGGAAUGGGUUAUCUGAAGCAGAAGAGAUUCAGACUGUUGAAAAUGUGGCUCUGUCGGUUCAGUGCGAGGACAAAAGAAUAAUAGCUGCAAUUGAGAAGAGCAGCCUGCAGGCUGAGGUGACUGCAGUAACACAAGUUUCUCUACUGGAUCCAAAAUGCAAAGCAAAGGAAAACUCUACACAUUACAUUUUGGAGUCUUCACUCACUAGCUGUGGGACAACUAAAUACCCUACUUCAGAUGGUUUCACCAUUUAUUUGAACUCGUUUGUGAUACAGCCAGAGUACCCCUUUGAAGAAAGUGGAUGGUAUGGUGAUAAUGAAGAAUCAGGAGACAAUGGCUUCCCCGGAGAUGGCGACGACCCAGUUCAAAACAGACCAAAAAUUGUUCGGUUUAACUGUACAUACUUCACGCCUAGUAAGAAGUCUAAGAUGCCUUCCCAUUCUGGUUUCCCUUCUUUGACACAAAACAAGAAUGCAACUUUGAACAUGGAGCUUUACAACACAGAUCUAUUCCGUACUCCCUCACAAGGCGUGCACACUGUUUCGGAGAAUAACCCGUUAUUUGUUGAGGUGUCUGUAACCAAAUCUGACCCAGAAAUUAGUUUUGUUAUCCAGACCUGCUAUAUUUCUCCAUCGUCGGACCCCGUUUCCUCUUCAGAUUACUACACCAUUAUCGAAAAUAUUUGUCCAAAGGAGGAUUCUGUGAAGUUCUACAGUCCUCAGAAGCUUGAUUUCCUUGUGCCUCAUGCAGAGAUGGAAAGAAAAAGAUUCAGCUUUGUGUUUAAGCCGGUCUACAAUAUGUCCUUAGUUUUUCUUCAUUGCGAAAUAACAUUAUGCAGCCAAAAAGAUACUGAAAGCCAAGGAUUUCCUAAUCUUCCUAAGUGCAUUCCUCCUGAUGAAGCUUGUAUAGAUGUGAAUUUGCAAAUAAUAAUGGCUAUGAUGAGAUACAAACAAUCCUUCACCAAGCCACUGGCUGUUAUUCGUGAAAGAAUGAAUCUGCCUAAGACACCAGUGAUUCCUGACAGCCAGGUUAAUGUAGAAAGACCACGGCCUUAUAUUAUUUAUGGUCUGGAUACCCCAACUGUUGUGGGAAUUGCAUUUGCAGCAUUUGUAAUUGGUGCACUUCUAACCGGAGCUUUGUGGUAUAUUUACUCCCACACUGGUGAAACUGCAGGAAGGCAUCAAGUCCCCACAUCUCCUCCAGCGUCAGAAAACAGUAGUACUGCUCAUAGCAUUGGUAGCACACAAAGCACUCCCUGUUCAAGCAGCAGUACGGCCUAACCUGAAGGCAAAUAAUUGUGAGGAAAUGCAGUAUAGAGGCAAGGUUCAAAGUGGCUAAUUGUUGAUGUUAGUAUCCUGAAGAUAAAAGGAAGAUCUUCAGUUAUCUUUGAAAGCUGAGAUGUAUUUUCAAAGCAAGAAAUCAUCUAAGUUGCUUUAUACUUUAGAUAAACUGACUUUACUCGAGUGUAUAACACUAUAUGUGACAAAACUACUAAUUACCCUGAGUUGGGAACUUGCUAACCAUUUAUGGGUUCCUCAUGUGAAAUUUGUACCAGAAUUUUUCUCAGUGCUGCUUUAUUUGUAGAAUGCAGCUGUUUAAUUUUUCCUGGGAUUUAUGUAAACACCAGCAGUUUGCUGAGUGUAGAAAUGACAACGCCAUGCACUAAUUACUAAAAGUCAAAAACAUAAAAUUUUCAUGAACAGAAACAUUUUCGAUACAAAGCACAAUUAAACAGAUUCCAGAGAAACAUUGUAAAUAAAUGUAGACAAAAAGCACCAACUAGCCCCAGUUAUGAUAUCGUGCAAACAAUGGCACCAGAUUUCCAAAAACAUUAACAGCUUUUAAGGUUAUCCUGCUUUUAGGGAAAACGAACAAAAAGUUAAAAUGAUGACCAAAUCAAGUUUUCUGCUGCUCUUCUCAGUGACUUGGACAUUUUUUGUUUGAAGAUGUAAAUUGAUUAUUUGGCAGCAGUUAUUAUUUUAAGACACAAAUGGGACAUUUUAAACACACUCUGAAUUCCUUUUCUGGCGUUAUUUGUAUGUAUUUUCAAAAGCAGGUGUUUGUCAGUGAGACUGACUCAGAGUUGUCCCGUAUCAUGAAUGUUCAAUUUUGUGCAGCUCAGCAAACUGUGUUCUUCACGGUACUGAAUAUUGCAUAUUGUACAGUUGAAUGUAUUUUACUUCCUGAAAUAAUAAUGUAUUCCUGUAUAUAAACAUUUAAGAACUCUCUACAGAGUACAGAGUAUUUUAGUAACGCAUAAGCUAUAUUUUUAUUGUAUUUUGAAUUUUUGUGCAAAUGUUCUAAGGGCAAAAUCAGUGAUCCAUGCUACCAGUGGGGAGUUAAAGUCAUUAUGAGCCCAGAUUGGAUAAUCUGAGACAGCUACAGUGUGGUCGACCAAUCUCUGUUCUGCACUCUUUAUUGAAAGUGGCUUUUCCACUUGCGCUGCAGGAUUGCUGAAUUUACUCUUUCUUCUUAAAAUUACAUAAAUUAAGUUCAUUUAUCUACAAAUGUGUAUUAACUUUGCUAACUGUGAAUUUUCAUGGAAUUUUAUUAUGUACCUUUGCUACUUUGCCUCCAGCUUUUUACUCAUUCCCCUCAGAAGUUCUGUUUGAGUAAUAGAAGAUAAUUUGUUUAAUCAGAGUCAAUUUUAUUGAAAGUGAUUGACGCUAAGGGCAUUUUAAGGUAACGUGGCUGAGUGGUCUAGUCUGAUUAGAAGGCACUGCUGCCAAAGCCCUUCAGUGACACCUUUGGGUCAACAAGUGGCAGUUCUGAUUUAAUUGGUGGAAGUGUGCUGUGUUUCAUGGGGCUCUUGGGGAACAGUGAUAGUGUCUCCUCCUGAGUCAGAAGAUCCGGGUUCAGGUUCUACGUGCCCUAGAGGUAUGUUCAAACAGGUUGAUCAAAAUAAAUAACUACAGGCAGCAUCUGACUUUUUAAAAAAAAAGUUUGUUGCCAUGAAGUCUAUAAUUUUAGCUUCUUUUCAGACCCUUUUGACAACUGAUGAUACCACACCAAAUGUGUGCACUUUCCUAAGGCAGAUAACUGAGGUCGAAUGUGAUUAGAGGUAGGCUCAAAGGUGUGGCUCCAGAGGUGAUUUUAAAUUUAAUUAAAUUUUAACUUUAAUUUUAGAGAAAUACCACCAGAAUAGUAUGCUUAAACUUUAGAAAACCUGUUCUGUACUCAUCAUUUGUGGAUUUACAUAGCAAAGAAAAUCAAGUGACAAAGUGAACAAUGCACUUAGACACAGAUUCCUAUUAAGCAACUAAUUUUUAUUCCCUUAUUCAGUUCAUUUCUGAGUGAAGUAUCUAUGAAUGAGCAAUUUAGCACUUUAAUUCUCUUUAACUUUCCACACACCAGGGCAAUUUCUCUAUUAAACCCAUGCUAGCCAAUUGAAUAAAGGGUGUAAAGUAUUCAGAAACAUGAUUCAUAUAUAUUACUAAUUCUUUUCUCUAACUUACGUAGUAAUGUAACUGCUGGUAUGUCCUACUGACAACUUUCUAAAAUUACAGGUUUCUGAUAGCUUGAUGUUAGGUGAUAAUUACAGCUAACACUUUUUUGGGCAGCUGUUACUGUAAUACUUUGCUUUCUCAUCUGUUCUGCAAAUUGAUUGGCAAAAUACCCUACAGGGAUUAUUUUCUCUUUUCAUAUAAAUUUAAAAUAUUUAUGAGUUAGACUGACUGCCUCAAAAGUAGUGACAUUAUGCCUUUCACAUUAUGGUUUCACAGUUCAUGUUAACCUCAUUUUUAAGUUGCAUGUAAAAUCUUUUGUAUAAUAGAAUUAUAUGCAUGUACAGUAUAUCAAAAUGCAUUUUGCCCUGACAGCAUAAUGAUGCAUAAAGAAAAUCAUUGAAUGUAGUGCCUUACAACAACGUUUUUUUUUGUCUUCUGCUUUCUCACUCUGCCAUUGGUCAAGAAUGCCAGUGAUUCUAACCAUUGUGUAAGAAAGAUUUCUGAGACAAUUGAUAGCACUUGGAUUAUCUUAAACAUUAUGGUAGGUUCACUCUGAUUUAGUGUGAACUUCGGCAGCUCUGUACUUAUAAAUUUCAGCGGGUGUAUACCUUCUGCAACUUUGGAUGUUUGUAUUAUAUAUUACUAUCCGAUAAACAAUUCAUUUAAGAUUGUAAAUUUUCUGUUCUUAAUACUUUGUUCAGCUUUAUCUUUAAAAUAUAUCUACCUCACCAUUUUGCUAAAUGAACAAAGCCUGUCCUGCUGGUUGUACCAUUUGACUUUUGUGAGUAAUUGCAGGUGGUGUCUGUGCCUACUUAAUAGGAUUCUGUAUUCUGUCCAUGUCUAUUUUUCAUAUGCUGUUGUAAAGGGAUUUGUUGUAAAUUUUUCAAAAAAAGUAUGACCUUUUGUUAUACUAUAUGAUUAUGUAAAAAUAAAGGUAUAUAUCAAUUAA